UGGAGAACUGACAGGAUGGCCACCAGGGACUUGGCAGUAGAAAUGAUCUUAUUAUUACAGACUAUAUUUGGAUUUCUGGGGAAUUUUUCUCUUCUUUACCAUUAUCUCCUCUGUUAUUUCACUAGGUGUAGGCUAAGGUCCACAGAUGUGAUUGUCAAGAACCUGAUUGUAGCCAACUUAUUGGUCCUGUUCUCUAGCGGAAUCCACUACACAAUGUCUCAUUUUGAGUGGCAUCACUUCCUCAAAGAUUUUGGAUGCAGAUUUUUCCCCUAUGUUCGUGCAGUGGGCAGGGGUGUGUCCAUUGGCACCACCUGCCUCUUGAGUGUUUUCCAGGCCAUCAUGAUCAGCCCCAGGAACUCCAAAUGGGCAGAGCUUAAAAUGAAAGCUCUCAAAUGCAUUGUGCCUUCAAUUUUCCUCUGCUGGAUCCUGCAAAUGCUGGUAAAUGUCAUUUAUCCUACGUUUAUGAGUUGGAACAACAAAAACAUCACCAACAGAAAAACUUUCAGACACUGUUCUGCUGCUCGUCAUGACAAAACCAGAGACUCUUUAUAUGCAGCAUUGCUAUCAUUCCCUGAUGUUUUCUGUUUGCUGCUGAUGGUCUGGGCCAGUGUCUCCAUGGUUUUAACCCUGCACAGGCACAAGCAGAGGGUCCAACACAUUCAUAGGACCAACAUCUCCUCUAGAUCCUCCCCUGAGUCAAGAGCUACCCAAACCAUCCUUCUCCUGGUGAGCUCCUUUGUCUUUUUUUAUAUCAUUUCAUCCAUCUUUCGAGUGUGUUUGUCUCUUUUUAAAAAUCCUAAUGGGUUUUUCUUGAACAUCACUUUUGUAAUCACUCUAUGUUUCCCAACAGUCAGCCCCUUUCUGCUCAGGAGCCGUGACUCCAGUGUAUCCAGACUCUGCUUGGUCUGCAUAAGGAAUACAAAACCCACUAAUCUAAUGAGGACUAUGUGA